CGUUGUCUUGACAUCUUAUUGAAUGUCAGUCCGUUGAGUAGGAAAAUUCGGGAAAUAUUCACGUAAACCCUACCAACGAACUCGAACUUUGCGCAUGGCUAGAGUGCAUGUUGCAUCUUGUAAAGUAGGUACAAUUGGUUUCAAAAGAAGCUGCAGUAUCCCGCCCGCGUCUCUCAAACCUGCAAAAAUGACGGGGCGAACGUGGAUGCUUUGCAUCGUGGUCUUGACGCUUGGCUAUGUUUCGUUGGUGCAAGGCUUUCCUUUAAUAAAUAGGUUCCGUUCAGAACCUCUCAUAAGCGCAACAGAUGAAAGGUCAUCGGUAGCUGCUGUCAGCUCAACGAUGCUCACGGGAGCCAGCCUGGAGCUCUCAAAAAAUAGCCCGGCGGGCAUCGCGAUUGGAGCGCGGCAGAGGCUCUUUGACUACUCCAUCGGCGUAGCUUUCAUGUUCCUCAGCCAGAAAUUGCAGGGCCAGAGCGUGCCUGACGUGUCAAAGCGGUUUAGCAUCCCCGUCGUCGGCUCUUUUGACCUGCAGCUGACUAAUAUCGUCGUCACGGACUUUGCAUGUUCCGCCAGCAGUGCCAAUCUCACCAUCCUGGGAGACGGCUUUUUUCACCUACUCGCCAGCGACAUCGCUGCGAACCUCACCUUCCAAUGGCACUGGACCAAGGGGGCGCUAUCAGGCAGCGGCGAGGGCGAGCUGAUGCUGAGCGGUGGCACGAUCGACUGGGUGUACGAAGUGCACAAGGACGAGCAGCUGCAGAAGCCUCAGCUCCUGGUGGUUACCGCCAAUAGUAACUUUGACUCGGUGGACAUCAAGAUCCAUUCGUACUCCGCGGACUGGCUCUACCAGGCGGUGCUGACCCUAUUCAACGAGGCCGUGAAGCGCCAGGUGCAGCGGAUUGUCGCGUCCGCUCUGGACAACGACGUGCCUGACCGGAUCAACGCCGUGCUGGGCUCCCUCCCUACCCGACUGGACGUCCGCGGACUGCCUUUCAGCGCCUCCUUCGAGUACUCCAUCUACACCGCCGCCUUCGUGCUGGUGAAGGGCUUUGGAGAGGUGGAGGUGCCGCAGGCGCCGACGGCAGACGCAGCAGCUGCUGGCGCCGUCGCCGGCGCCGACGGGUGGCCAGCCGUGGUGACCAGCCGCCGCCGGUACCUCCGGGGGAGCCAGCAGCGGCACCGCCGCCUUGGGGACGUGGGCGUGGACCAGAUGACGGAGUGUCCGUUUGAGACGUCGCAGCUGCCCCUGAACGGGGUAGAUAUCGCGGCGGAUGGCAGCCAGGUUUCCAUCUACGUCCACGAGGCAACUGUCAACUGCUUGCUGUGGGGACUGUACGGCAGCGGCAAGUUGGCGCUGAGUGUGCGGGACGGCACGAUUCCCGGCCUGAUCAUCACGACGGAUGUUUUGUCGUUGCUGGUUCCGGAGCUUCCCAAGAAGUACCCCCACCAGCGCAUGAUCAUCAAUGUUGAGGCGCUGGACGUGCCGUCCGUGUCAUUUGGCGCUGACAACACCGGCGCCACUCUGUCGGCUUACUAUCGUCUGUCCCUGGUGGUGGCCAACGAGAGCUUGGGCAACCCAGAGGUGGUGCGCCUGGCGGCGAAUCUGACGCUCAACGGCGCCUUUGACUGGGACAGCACCGACAUUCGGGAGGUGACGGCGCGGCAUGUGGUGGAGGUUUCGGAGCUGUCGGUUCCGGCGGAGCAGUGGGACAACACCGUCAUGUGGCUACUGGAGAGCUACGGGCCGCUGCUGUCGCUGCGCCAGGUGGUGGAGAUGGCGGUUCGCACACCCAUCACGUCGAUGGUGUCGCUGGCACGGGCGCAGGCGGCCACCUGGGAGCGCUGGUACGCGCUGUCCACGGACGUGGAGCUGCGCCUGCCGCCACCAGCGGUGCCAAAAUCAUGAACACAUCACCAGCAUCCUUUUCAGCAGAGAGAUAUAGUCGGAUAUCGGUUCACUGGGGGGAGUGUAGCUUCAGGUUGCUUAGGGGUCCUUGAUCAGGGUUUAGGGCUUCAUGGUCCAACCGGUGGCGGUGUUGAUGUUGCGUGUGGAUUGUGGCGGUGCAGCAUGGAUCCUGGCGUACUUGGCUGCUGUUGAAUGCUGAGUUUUUACGUAGACCAGGUCAGAAGAAACAAGCUCAGGAGGGAUGAUUGUGAGUUACAGCUCGCCCGGGAUGGAUGCAGGAUGGAGAGGAACGGAAGCGGAGAGGUGGUUUGGAGGUGUGUGAGGUCAUGCCCACAGCGCUACGGUGGCAGGUAGAUGGGGUUUUGGAAAAGUGAGCGUGUGGCAUGGAAACAUGCGUGUGUGAUGCUGUAAGCAGAUGUAUGUGCCGUACAGGGGGGGACUACCAAACGGUGGUGCGCCAAAUUGUAGGUCGUGGUCAAAGGCUCGCGAAGCGUAGUAGUGUCCCGGUGCGAGGUGCGGGUGUAGCAAUCCAUACGAGGUUUUGGCCCAUCGUAUUUGCACCGCGACUCUUUUGAACCGCGGAGAAGUAGAUGUGUGAAUGUGUGUUGGGAAGUGUACUUUUCUGGAGGUGCGCUGCGGGCUCCGUCCCUGUUCAAAAGUGUAGGUAAUGUCGCGUGCUUGGAAGGGCUGGAAAGCUGCUUUGACCCGGAAGGGUCUUCGCUGGCAACAGCGAGUUGAGUGCUCUCUGCUCUCUGGAGCUCUCCCGGUGGCCUUGCGGUAUCUCGCGAGUGAUGUUUCUGAUGCAGCAAGAAAGAGAUACUCCAGAAUAAAGCCAACGCUACUACUCAUACCUGCUGAUUAACACCCGUGUCAAUAUGGGUUUGCCAUCAAAUAGGCUAGACAAAUAUCAGCACAACUAUGAAUUGUUUGGCUGCUCUGUGAUGUGUGCUGCCAGGGCUGGCAGGCAGGCGCAGGGACGGAUGAGCGUAAUGCUGAAUGAAAGUAUUGUGCAACAUUUGAUAGUGUUAGGGAGGUACGUAAAAUUUCCGGUGGUACGUUAAGGUCGCGGACAAUUUACGCCUACUUUUGUAACAGUCGAACCGUAU